AUGUCGGCUCAGGACUCUUAUCUCGGGGACCUCAGCCAGGUCUCGAAUGCACCUGACAGACUGGGACGAUUCCCGAAUCCUCUCUCGGAAUGGUAUGGGGCUAAUGAUGGCCCUUGGGUCAUGACUUCAACUGUCUCGAGCGCUCCUGGUGGACAGUUGAUGCACCAAACCAAGUCAUUUUCGGGGUAUCGUGAUCAAGUCACUCCGUCCGAGCCCGAGACAAUGAUCAAUGCCACAUUGCCAUCAGAUUCUGGCUACUUGAGCUUUGCGCAGCACAGCGUUGCUGACCCAUCCCUCUGUGACGAGGGUCUGGAUCGUGUAACGGAGACUGGCAGCAUCAUUGGAGGUUUUGGUGGCCUAAGUUUCGACUUCUCGUCCUUUGAUCCUAUACCUCAAACUCCGGUCCAGUUUAACCAACCGGUAUGGCGUCCACCACCUAUAUCUGAUUCAGCAGCUAUACACAGAAGCAACGCCAGCGUGCCAGAUUUGUGGUGCAGUGUUUGCAAAAUAAUGUUGAAAACCAGAUCAGAUAAGAGAAAGCACCACACGCGCCAUACCAAACCACAUCGGUGCUACGUGACUGGCUGUAAGCGCAAGGAAGGAUUCGGCACUGCCAACGAUCUUGAACGGCACGUCCGUAGUUGUCAUCCGGAACAGCCAAGUACUGGGUAUAAAUACGUCUGUACGCUGGAGAAGUGUACCGAAAGGCACAAGCUCUGGCCACGGGCAGACAACUUCCGAGCCCACAUCAAGCGCGUCCACAAAGAUGUGCACUUGAAUGAUGAACAGCUUGAGCAGUAUCGUCACAAAUGUCCAACACCCCCAACUCCGAACGCAGCCAUGGGGCAACCAGGACAUGCAGACUCUCACAUGACUGCGAAUUUGCACGCGGACGGUCUUCUGCCUCUGGACUCCUGGGCCUCUUCUCAUAGCGGCGAGCUCGAAGAUUCCAAGGAAGCGCUGCGUAGGUCGCAAAUGAUUGUCCAAGCCAUGCCAGAGCAGAGCACGGUUGAGCCCACAUCAGCACGAAGCCACCAGGAAGCGACAUGGCCAUCAAGAACAGACGGCGAAUCUGCUGUCUCAACCGCCAGAGCACCAAACAAGAAGCGUAGUGAGCACCACGAUACUAUGGAACACGCCAUCUAUGGUACGCCUUAUACAACUCUCAUCCCGGGAGAGUCCAUGGGCGGAGCGGAAGAGCUUUAUGAUGCCAUGGACCCAGACAAGCACGACCAUGUACCUGUCACAAUUGAUCCUGGUAGCAGCCAUGAACUCCUCCUAAAGGGUGUGACGCCACAUGGGACAAACGAGGUUGACCUACCACGCAACGGCGUAUUGGACUUAGACGACGAGGAUGUGAUAGAAUUGGAAGACCCGUUGCGAUUUGAUGUUGAUCUACGCGACCAGGCUGCUGUCAGCAGACUUCUCGGUGUGCUGGAGCGCCGAGGCAUCCUUGAGCGGCAUGGAUACAAAAAAGAGACAUCUCCACCCCCGUCUGACGACGAGGCCAAGCAGGAGCCUGUAUCCAUUGCCCCGACUGGCUCGAAAAUGUCUUUUGGGUGCCGCUUUUGUGUCAAAACCUUUUCGAGGCGUUGUGAACUUCGGAAACACGAGAAGCGACACGAUAAACCCUUUGGAUGCACAUUCGCAGGCUGUACAAAGCGCUUCGGCAGCAAGAACGAUUGGAAGAGGCAUGAGAACAGCCAGCACCUCAUGCGGGAAAUAUGGAAAUGCGACGAGCGCCAUCCAUCUACACCCUCAGAGCCGUGCGGCAAGAUUGAUGGACGCCGGGAGGAAUUUAAGCAGCAUCUGACGCUUGCGCACGGUAUCAAAGACCCCCAUCAGAUCGACCUGAAAAUCGAGCAUUGUCGGGUGGGCAGAAAUUACGACGAGCGAUUCUGGUGUGGAUUCUGCAACAAGAUUGUCCAAACCAAGUCCAAGGGUCAAAGCGCCGGGAUGGAACGUUUCGAUCACAUAGGCGACCACUACGCAGGUCGUAGAGGUCACCCUCGCCAGAACCCAGAGGACUGGAAGCAUGUAGAUCUUGGGAACGCAACCCUGACUGAUCCAGCGGCAACGGCCGACGUCGAGAACCCAGCCUCGGCAUUUCAUGAGGUGGCGACUCCGGGCUCGUCGGAGAGACGAUCAAUGUCAUCCGCAAAAGGGAAAAGGUCGAUAGACGGUGCCAUGGUCACAACAGCCGACCAAGGUUGA